AUGUCGUUUGUAAGUCAAGAUUCUUCCGGCUUUCUGGCAGUACUUGGACAGAUGUCUACCGUACUUGUUUCAGCACAAGAUCGUAUGCUGAAAAUCGUCACCGAAAUGCGAUCAGGCGCCGGAUCAGGACUAUCACCAUUUGGUCAGAAUGCGGCUAGUACGAUCCGUGACUCACGCGAACGAGAAAAGAAGGAAAUGAGCGAUCUGAAUGACCGACUAGCAAGUUAUAUUGAGAAGGUUCGUUUCCUGGAGGCUCAAAACCGAAAGCUGGCCACCGAUUUGGACCUACUUCGCAGCAAAUGGGGUAAAGAUACUCAUAACAUCCGCAACAUGUACGAGGGCGAACUAGCGGAUGCUCAAAAGCUCAUCGAAGAGACUAACCGACAACGAAAAGAACUAGAGCAGCAGAUCAAGAAGAUGCAGGAUGAACUGGCUGAACUCAGACGCAAGUAUGAAGAAGCAGUGCGUGGACGUGAGGGUGAUCGUGCAAAAAUUGAUGACCUUCUUGUACAUCUUUCAAAUCUUGAGGCAGAAAUUGCUCUUCUGAAGCGUCGCAUCGCUCAGCUUGAGGAUGAAGUGAAGCGUAUCAAGGCGGAGAACCAACGCCUCAUGUCUGAGCUGCAACGUGCUCGUACGGAUCUCGACCAGGAAACCCUGAACCGUAUCGACUAUCAGAAUCAGGUCCAGACGCUACUCGAAGAGAUCGACUUCCUUCGCCGUGUGCACGAUAACGAAAUCAAGGAGCUGCAGACACUGGCAUCUCGUGAUACUACACCGGAGAAUCGUGAAUUCUUCAAGAAUGAGCUUUCAUCAGCUAUUCGUGAUAUUCGUGAGGAAUAUGACCAGAUUACCAACGUUCAUCGUACUGACAUGGAAUCCUGGUACCGUUUGAAAGUACAGGAAAUUCAAACUCAAAGCGCCAGACAGAGUAUGGAGCACGGCUAUGCGAAGGAAGAGGUGAAACGUCUUCGUACCCAGUUGAGCGAUCUUCGUGGAAAACUUGCCGAUCUGGAGAGCAGGAAUUCACUGCUGGAGAAGCAGAUUCAAGAGCUCAACUACCAACUGGAGGAUGAUCAACGCUCCUACGAAUCGGCUCUUAACGAGCGUGAUGCCCAGAUCCGUAAGAUGCGUGAGGAAUGUCAAGCCCUUAUGGUUGAGCUUCAAAUGCUUCUGGACACCAAACAGACGUUAGAUGCAGAAAUCGCCAUCUAUCGUAAGAUGCUGGAAGGUGAAGAAAAUCGUGCCGGUCUCAAACAACUUGUUGAGCAGGUCGUCAAGACUCAUGCUAUUUCACAAGAAAUGGAUACCGAAACGAUGAGAGUCGUCAAGGGUGAGACCGCUUCACGUCAGUCAUUCCAGCGGUCGGCUAAAGGAAAUGUGUCCAUCCAUGAAGCUUCACCAGAUGGCAAAUUCAUCGUUUUGCAAAACACUCAUCGCGCUAAAGAUGAGUCGAUCGGCGAAUGGAAGCUGAAGCGUCGCAUCGACGGAAAGCGCGAGAUCGUGUACACCCUCCCAAAGGACUUUGUCUUGCGUGCUGGUAAAAGUGUCAAGAUCUUUGCACGUAACCAAGGGGUUGCAUCGCCUCCUGAUCAGCUGGUCUAUGAUGGUGAGGACUCAUUUGGCUCCGGAAACUCCGUCCAGACCAUACUCUUCAAUAAAGAGGGAGAAGAACGCGCCACGCAUAUUCAGCGUCAAAGCAACGCCUAA